CAAAAAAAAAUUUAUUUUGCAUUUUCUGAAAAUGGUGGAGGUGAAAAAUGGCUAAUAUCAGUAAUAUGAUGGCUUUAAUUAGAAGUUGAUACAAAUAUCACGUCCGGAUAAGUGUGUAAUUUAACAAAACCUAGAAAAGUCGUUGGUUUUACCGGAUGUGAAUGAUCAACAGCUCUUAGCACCCCUUCGUAAAAAAAUCCCCGAACCUCACAAAGCUGUCAAUACUCGGCCGAGUCUGCCGUGAUCGCCAUGGAAACCCUAGGCGCCUCUGCGACCAUCCUCUCCUCCUCCUCUCCACCGUCGAUCUUCUCCCCAAGGAGAUCCGACGCUCCAAGACUCGUCCGCUUCCCCAUGUCUUCCAAGAAGGAAGCUAACGAUUCCGAUCUCCAAUCCGAACCCAAAGACUCCAGCAGCAUAGUGCCCCUCUUCAACAAUCGCACUAUGUCCAAGGAUGAGGCGAUGGGAUUGGUUUUGAGCGCGGCGUCCGUUGGGGGUUGGACGACCGGGUCGGGUAUGGAGGGUCCGUCGGUUCCCGCCGGAGCGGAGGACGGAUCGAGUACGGAGAAGAUCUCGACCUUCCCGUGGUCCCUCUUCACCAAGUCGCCACGUAGGCGUAUGCGCGUCGCCUUCACCUGCAACAUUUGUGGCCAGAGAACCACUCGCGCUAUCAAUCCCCAUGCCUACACUGACGGCACUGUGUUUGUGCAGUGUUGUGGGUGUAAUGUAUUUCAUAAGCUGGUGGAUAAUUUGAACCUGUUUCACGAGAUGAAGUGUUAUGUGAACCCAAGCUUCAAUUAUCGAGAUCCGAAAUGGGAUGAUGUUGGCUUCAAGUACCUUGAUAUAGAUGAUGAAGAUGAUAGAAAUGAUGUCUUCCAGAUAUAAUGAGGUGAUAAUGAUCCUACGGAGUGGUGUACAUUCCUUUCCUUGUUCUUGGCAACUUUCUUUCUGCCACAUUUGUAAAUGUUUAGUUUUCCUAUUGAUAACUGUAAUUAGUAAGUGCACGUUGGAUUCAUCAAUUGAAAUUGAUAGAAUGUAAAGCAUGUAAACAAUGUUUGUUAAUUUGCAUAAUUACUCUUAAUGUUAAUUAUUCACUCCAA